AUGCGUUCGAUNGGCGGCGGUUUUCUCAAAGGUUCAAAUGCUCAAGAAGAAUCGAUAGCAAGAUCAUCAUCUCUCUAUCUCGCUCUGUCACAAGAUCGAAUCUUUCCUCAAUUUUACGGUUAUCACCGACGAGAAAAAAAUGGUCUCUAUACUCAUCGAAUCAUUUACUCACCUCGUGUUACAAUUAUUAAGGAUGAUAAUGGUAAAAUGUUAUCUUCACCAUAUCAUGUUGGAAUAGUGACAUGUGCAGCUUCCAAUGCAAGUAUUUGUCAAGAUAUGGAACUAACUCGACAAACAAUGAAAGAACGAAUCAGAUGUCUAUUGACUGUUUUCCAAAUGCAUCGUCAUGAUGUUGUGGUAUUGGGCGCAUUUGGUUGCGGUGUCUUUAAAAACGAUCCGCGAGAAGUGGCAAUAGCUUUUCGUGAACACUUGGAAUCCGAAGAAUUUCGAAACGUUUUUAGUCGAAUUAUUUUUGCGAUCUUCGAUGCAGACAUGCAUCACGUAUUUGAGGAAGUAUUCGCCAUCUCUCAAUACCAAGAAAAAUGA